AUUCGCCGAACAUAGACAAUUUGCUUGCUUUCUCACUCUGCCAAAAUCAAAUUGUGAUUGAGACUUGUUGGUGUACUCGAUUCGCCGGAGCUUUUGCGAUUAAGUUUUAUUAGUGUUUAUUGAGCAUUUUCGUUAAAAAAUGGCUCGCAGAUAUGAUACCCGUACCACCAUCUUCUCUCCGGAGGGUCGUUUAUACCAAGUGGAAUAUGCUAUGGAAGCUAUAAGUCAUGCUGGUACAUGCCUUGGUAUUUUGGCAAAUGAUGGAAUUCUGUUGGCAGCAGAAAAAAGGAACACAAACAAACUUCUUGACGAAGUGUUUUUCUCAGAAAAAAUUUACAAACUCAAUGAAGACGUAGUUUGCUCUGUCGCUGGUAUAACAUCAGAUGCCAAUGUUUUGACUAAUGAGCUCAGACUUAUUGGCCAAAGAUAUUUACUGCAAUAUGGAGAAACUAUUCCUUGUGAACAGUUAGUAUCCUGGCUGUGCGAUGUUAAACAAGCUUACACUCAAUAUGGUGGUAAAAGACCGUUUGGUGUUUCGAUUUUGUACAUGGGAUGGGAUCGUCACUAUGGAUACCAAUUAUAUCAGUCAGAUCCAAGUGGAAACUAUGGAGGCUGGAAAGCAACUUGCAUUGGAAAUAAUUCAGCAGCUGCUGUUUCUUCUUUAAAGCAAGAAUACAAAGAGGGACAAAUGACUUUGAAAGAUGCAAUGGCACUUGCAGUCAAAGUUAUGUCCAAGACAUUGGAUAUGAAUAAGCUUUCUGCAGAUAAAUUGGAACUGGCAACUCUCACUCGAGUUGAUGGUAAAACCAAAACCAGGAUAUUGCCAGCUAAAGAAGUGGAAGCUUUGAUUACUGAAUUUGAAAAACAAGAAGCCAUUCUAGAAGCUGCUAAGAAAGAAAAGCAAAAGCUUUAAACUAGUUUAUGUGGGUUGUUUGUAUGAAUAAAAAUGCGAUAAUUGAAUCAUUUUGAUCAAUAAAGUAUUUCACUUUUUUUUAUUGUAAGUUAAAUAAAAUAAUAUUAUAUUUGAAUAUGACGGUUGUUUUUCAAAAAGUUUUUGAUGGAAAUUAAAUUGUACUAUCAUGGGUUUGAA